CAGCCAUGGCUGUGCUCACUCUCUGCCUUCUGUGGGCCUUCACGACAGCAGUGCAACCUGCCCCAGUAUCUCCUCUGGGUGGUCCAGAGCCAGCCCAAUAUGAAGAGCUGACCCUGCUCUUUCACGGGGCUUUACAGCUAGGCCAGUCCCUCAACAGCGUGUACAGAGCCACGGAGGCGCGUCUGACAGAAGCUGGGCGCAGCCUGGGCCUCUUUGACAGAGCCCUGGGCCUCCUGGGCACAGAGGUCAGUCAAGGCCGGGAUGCAACACAGGAGCUUCGCACCAGCUUGUCGGAGAUUCAGGCUGAAGAGGAUGUACUGCACCUUCGAGCAGAGGCCACAGCCCUGUCUCUGGGAGAAGUGGACCGGGCCCAGCGAGCUCUACGGGACACUGUACGGAGACUACAAGUCCAGCUGAAAGGCGCCUGGCUGGGCCAAGCCCACCAAGAAUUUGAGACCUUAAAGGCUCAAGCGGAUAAACAGAGCCACCUUUUAUGGGUGCUCACGGGCCAUGUGCAGCGACAGCGGCGGGAGAUAGCAGAGCAGCAACAGUGGCUGCGACAGAUCCAGGAGAGACUCCACACAGCAGCCCUUCCGGCCUGAGACCGUCUGGAUGCCAUUGAGAACCAGUCAAACCACUAGGAACACCGAAUGUGAUCCAAGAGGCUCCUGAGCAGGGCAGACAGAGCUGCCCGCCGGCUGGGCUUGGCCAGUGUGCCCCGCUUCCUGACACAGACCGGAGACAGAAGCAAGCAGGCGGGAUGGAAGGCAGAAGACAGAGCCCCGUGGAAAAGGGCUGGAGACAGUAUGAGUUCCUUUAUGCUCACAUACCCCACAAUAAAACAGAACAGAGGCUAUC